UGGAACCAGGCCUAUCAGAAUUGCCUAUUACAGAAUAUCAAUUUAUAAAGACUAUUGGGAAAGGAUCCUAUGGAGAAGUUUGGCUGUGUAGGCAUAAUGUUGACAGGAAGCAUUAUGUUAUUAAGAAAAUAGAUGUGACGAAAUCUUCUGACAAGGAAAGGAAGGCGGCCAAGCUUGAGUGCAAACUCCUUUCUGAAUUUAAACAUCCUAACAUAGUGCAAUACAAAGCCUCCUUCGAAUAUCAAGGUUUUUUGUAUAUUGCAAUGGGAUUUUGUGAAGGCGGUGAUUUAUAUACAAGACUAAGGAUGAGAAACGGAAGCCUUCUGCCUGAACGUCUUUUAGUUGAGUGGUUUGUUCAGCUGGCUAUCGCUCUGCAAUAUAUGCACGAAAGAAAUGUUUUGCAUAGAGACUUGAAAACCCGAAAUAUAUUCCUAACACGUACAAAUAUAGUGAAACUUGGUGAUCUUGGGAUAGCCAGGGUGCUAGAGUCCUCUAGUUCUAUGGCCACAACACUGAUUGGGACUCCGUAUUAUAUGUCUCCAGAGCUUUUUGCCAACAAGCCUUAUAACCACAAGUCUGACAUAUGGGCAUUGGGUUGUGUUUUGUAUGAAAUGACUACACUUCGUCAUGCCUUUAACGCGAAAAAUUUUAAUGCACUGUCAUACAAAAUUCUAAGCGGAAAAAUCCCCGAUAUGCCCACUCAAUACAGCCCAGAACUCUUAGAACUCAUGCGCACGAUGCUGCACUUGAAACCUGAGAAACGACCAUCAGCAAGGCGCGUUUUGGCUAAUCCAUUUAUCAGAAAACACAUCAUUCUCUUUCUGGAGGCCACCAAAGACCGUACCAAUUCGUGGAAUCAUUCAAGCUUUGAAGACGAAGAACAAACCACCGGUCAGAGUGUUGAAUACAAACGGAAUGACUCAGUGGUAUCCAAUGGAUCGUCGAGUGGACUAAAAUCGGUGACAGAGAAAAUUGAAAGUGAAGUGAAGCAUGUGAAAGUGCCACAAGAGGAAAAGCCUGAAAAGUGUGAGUCUAAGGAAAUACCUGACGAAAAUAUACGAUCAAUAUUGAAAGACUCAAAACAAGUCACUUCAGUUAAAGACAACUUGAGUAGUGAUGAUAAGAACUCGCUUAUUCUUCAAUCAAGGAAAUCAGAAGGUAGUGAUUCGUCAGAACACAACAUACUGAAGGAGAAUAAUGUUUUGUUAGAAUCAAAUGGGAGCGCUUCGAAAUCAUCGGAUACUUCACACAAAUGUUCACAACAAGAUGGAGUACAAUUCGAUGGGUGUUUAGUGAAAUCCAGUGGUGUGUUCAUUGAGGAGAAUUCACUUCCUCGACGUUUGUCGAAUGCCAGAUUACGUCGUCGACAGAGACGUCGUAUGUCUGAGAAUGAUGGUGAACAACAUAAUGGCCACCCUAUUCAUUGUAAACAGGAACAGGAGGUGAAUCGUAUUAACAAGUCUUCAGAUUUCAACGAGGUGUGCAAUACUAGUGGAAACAGUCCACGUUUCAAAUUCCGUGAAUGCGGGAAGUUGCAUUCACAUUCAUUCAGUGUUCUUCCUGUGUCGAUGUUGCCUAAAUUGCGUAGACCAGGUCAUCGUAGUGAGAGUGAUUCUUCUGUUCAUACAACAACAGUACAACAUGCACUAUUGGGGAAUGGUUCUACUGAAUUCAGUGAAUCCAGUGGAAAUUCUCGCCUUCCAGUUGAACAUGCUGAUUGUACAGAAAUAUCAUCCUCUCCCGCUGUGGUGUUGUUCUCAUCUCCACGAGUUAAUCAUGACAGACAGGACUCAUCAGUAUUUCAGUGCAAUUCAACAUCCUUGAAGGAUCAGAGUGUUUCAAAAGAGAUUAGACAUGGAAUCGACGGUGAUAAUACUCCUGUAUUGAAUAAAGUGACAGGUAACUUCAUUGUUGGAGAUCCACAAUGUAAAUCAGAACUUCGUCGAGACCAGAACAUUGACAAGGAGAAUGAUGUGAACAAGUCAACGGAAUGUCAUCAAAAUAGUGACAUGGAGAUCGCUGCAGUGGUUGACUGUCUAGCUGACACUCUGAAAGAUGACUGUCAUCCAGGUGCUCCAGUGAUAAUUCGUCGUAGUAAAAGUGAAAGGAGGCUUGUCACUGUGGACAAUGGAUUUAACAUCUGUUCAGGUGGUCAUCAAAAGUCAUCGACUUGUAGUAGUGAAGAUAAUGGACCGAUUGAACCAAAAGAGGAAACCAUCAACCGAUCUGUGCAAUUAAAGCAACGUUUUGUGGAAUUACACAGGGAAUGUUUAAAGUGUGUCGGACUGAAGAAACUACAUGAAGCCUACGAAAUUCUUGAUAAAGAUAUGAGUUUUGCAUCACAAGAGAUUCUAUUGAAGAAGAUUCUCGGAGUGGAUAUUUACUCACAGUAUAUGAGUAAAAUUUGGCAGUUGAAAUUACUUGAACAGUCGGCUUUCGAAGAAACUCCGUUGAGAUAA